GCACCGCAACCACUACAGCCGUGGACCGGUGUCAGGGAUGCCACCAACUUCGGCCCAAUAUCCUACCAGUUUAACUUAUGGGAUCCUGACCAUCAACCACCAAAUAUGGGCGAAGACUGUCUAUAUCUAAACGUUUAUACACCACAAAUAAAACCAAGUAGUCUACUCCCAGUCAUGUUCUACAUACACGGGGGCGGAUAUCUAGCAGGGAGUGGCGAUGAUGAUUAUUUCGGUCCAGAGUUUCUCGUCAGAGAUGGUGUUAUCCUCGUCACGAUAAAUUAUAGACUUCAAGGUCCUGGUUUCCUCUGCCUCCAUACUCCAGAAAUACCUGAGCCUUACGAAGUUGAGAAUCUUGUAAGCCACGGAGAUGAUAUGACAUAUCUUUUUCCUCUCAAGAAAUAUCUGGGAAAAGUUGACAUGUCAUCCGAAACAUUUAAAGCAAUCAAUAGAGCUUGCACGCUGUGGACAAACUUUGCAAAAUACGGGAAUCCUACUCCAACUCUUGAUGAAAACCUCGGAGUGGAAUGGAAGCCUUACACCUUGGAGAACCAAGCGUACCUGGAUCUUGGCAACAAGUUGAAGAUGGACUCCGCACCUGAUAAGGAAGAAAUUGAGCUUUGGGAGAGCGUCUUUAAACAAUAUUUACCGAAAUAUAGUAUUUAA